CGCGGGUGCUGCGCCCCUGGGCGCUGCGCGUGGCGGUCCGAGGGGCGCUGGGCUCCGCGCGGUGCGAGGGCUCCGGUGGGGCCGCAGUCGGACUCUGUCUCCACCCGCGCGUGCACCUCCGGGACUAUGAUCCGAAUUCCCGGCGAGAGUGUAUCGGCGUCUUUGGGAACGUCCGAGUAUCAGCGGGGCUCUGAGGUUCCUGGAGCCUCUAAGGACCAGUUAAAAGAAUACAAGAAAUCACCAAGGUGUCACAGACAAAAGCUUCUGGAGCUUCUGGAGCAAGAAGGCCUGCUCCUCUGGGUUUCAGUCUGAAGGAAGUUUGAAUCUUGCCCUGAACACGUGACUUGAGGUCUUGCUUGUGGCCUCAUGGACCAUGCCGCUCACAGGACCAGGGAAGCCCAGCUGAUCCGAAACAGACUGGUAAGCUGCCUCUGGCCCUCCGGAUGUAGUUUGCCUAUCCCUGUCCUGAAGUUUUAGAGGGCGAUGGCCACAGGCCUGGGCCGCUGGAACAGCACCGCCAAUGACUCCUGGGAAGGGGACGAGCUGGGCUACAAGUGCCGUUUCAAUGAGGACUUCAAGUACGUGCUGCUGCCCGUGUCCUAUGGCGUGGUGUGCGUGCUGGGGCUGUGUCUGAACGCCGCGGCGCUCUACAUCUUCCUGUGCCGCCUCAAGACCUGGAACGCGUCCACCACGUACAUGUUCCACCUGGCUGUGUGCGAUGCGCUCUACGCCGCAUCCCUGCCGCUGCUGGUCUACUACUACGCGCGCGGCGACCACUGGCCCUUCAGCACGGUGCUGUGCAAGCUCGUGCGCUUCCUCUUCUACACCAACCUGUACUGUAGCAUCCUCUUCCUCACGUGCAUCAGCCUGCACCGCUGCCUGGGGGUCCUGCGGCCGCUGCGCUCGCUGCGCUGGGGUCGCGCGCGCUACGCCCGUCGGGUGGCGGCCGCCGUGUGGGUGCUGGUGCUGGCCUGCCAGUCCCCCGUGCUCUACUUCGUCACCACCAGCGCGCGUGGUGACCGCAUCACCUGCCACGACACGUCCGCGCCCGAGCUCUUCGGCCAGUUCGUGGCCUACAGCUCCGUGAUGCUGGGGCUGCUCUUCGCCGUGCCGUUCGCAACCAUCCUGGUGUGCUACGUGCUCAUGGCUCGGCGGCUGCUGAAGCCGGCCUAUGGGACGUCGGGAGGCCUGCCGCGGGCCAAGCGCAAGUCGGUGCGCACCAUCGCGGUGGUGCUGGCCGUCUUCGCGCUCUGCUUCCUGCCCUUCCACGUCACGCGCACUCUCUACUACUCCUUCCGCUCACUGGACCUCAGCUGCCACACCCUCAAUGCAGUCAACAUGGCCUACAAGAUCACGCGACCGCUUGCCAGUGCCAACAGUUGCCUGGACCCUGUGCUCUACUUCCUGGCCGGGCAGAGGCUCGUGCGCUUUGCCCGAGAUGCCAAGCCGCCCACCGACCCCACUCCGGUGGCCCCAGCUCGCCGCAGAGUGGGCCUGCGCAGGUCGGACAGGACUGACAUCAAGAGGACCAGAGAGGUAUCGACCAGCAGUGAGGACUCUAGGCGGACAGAGUCGACACCAGCUGGUGGUGAGAACACUAAGGACAUCCGGCUUUAGGACCUGAGCCCCUCAGGCCUGUGCAAGUUCAUAUGGGGGCUGGGGCUGUAGGGACUAGGACUUCUGCAGAUGCGAUAUUCUCCCUAGAUAGGGCCCCAUUAGUGACUCAUGCCUGAUGGUCAAGGGAGCCAUGACCUCAGUGCUCUGUCAUUUGGCAGGGGCUCAGAAUGCUGUCUGUGGCCCAGAGAUCUCAACAGUCUCUAGGAUGCCUGUCACAAUUUGUGUGUGUGAGUUGGGGAAUAGGGCUUCAAGAAAGGCAAGGGUAAGGCCCCUGGCCUGGCUCCCACACAGAUAGCUGGCCAUGCCUGCCAGGUCAGGUCAAGGCUUGAUCAAAGCCUGAUCAAGUCAAAUGGAGAACCGGGCCCAGAGGGGAAAGCGACUUACCAAGGUCACAGUCUGGGCCUGAGCCACCUAGGAGGGGCAGGGUUACAGGCUGACCAAAGGACCCUGGUAAGGCGCCAGGACUGAGCCAGAGCUUCCUGCAGAGGGGUCUAGGGCAGGUCUGGAUGGUUCUUUCCUCUGAGGAGGAGCCCCAUCCUGAGUGAUGAACGAAACGUCAGGGAACUGAUGUCAGAAACCCAGCUGGAGGCUCCCCUGGGCUGGGAGCCAGUUUGAGGCUGUAACUUGUACUGAAGUGGUUGUUACUUACUGCGUUGUGCCCUGUUGUGUGGUUUGAGGAUGACAAUACAGCCUAAGAAGCUCUCACCAGCCACAUUGGGGUCCUUUCUCCAGCCUGUACUCCUCUGCCACCUGCCCUCCCAUUAGCUGCCUCAGCAGACAGGAGUCAGGUGGGGUCCUGUCCUUGGGAUCCCCCCACUUUAGGGCUCAAUGGCUAUGACCAGUCAUGUGCUGCUAAAUGCUAAACCAUCUAACUGGUUCUCCAGGGGGUGAGGGGAGCCCCUUAUUUGUAGCCUUGCCAACAGCAGUGGUGCAGAUACUCCUGCCUUGGCCAGUUUCAGACUACUAAUGUGACAUCAACCUCCUUUCACAGUUCCUGCGAAUGCAACACUUGGCUCUUGCAAGCAGAGCCAAGAGGCUCCAGCACACCCAAGAUAACGCUGCGUGGUUGGGGCUGUGGACCACUGGGUCAGAGAGACUGCCUGGGCUCUCUGACCCAGUGGGGGACACACCUGGGCUGUAGCUUCUGAGAAAAGCAGUUUAUCAGAGAAGAACAUCCAGGUGCAGGGUGCAUCUUGGGCAAAGACAUGGGGACAGGAAAGCAGGGUAUGCAGGAACUGGAAGCAGGCCGGGCAGCCAGUGCCUAGGCUUACGGCAGGAAUGAGGCUGGGAUUGGAUCACGAGGAUAGCAAGACAGGGCUCCCUCCUUGCUUUUCCCUGAGGUUUCCUUAGCACAGGCGCUAAGUAUGGGAGAGAUUCAUUUCUCUUCCUGUCCAUUCCUCUGUCUCUUGGGAAAAUCCAGCUAUGUGGCGUAAUAGUUUGUGCUUAGCCUGGGUCAGGGCUUAGGGUGAGGGAGAUCUUUCUCACCUGUGACAGAUUCUGGGUCCACCCGGCACUACUGUGGAGAUUUAUAGAACUCAGAUGAACAGGGCCCAGCUCAGCUUUAGGACAGGGGUAGGGCAAAGCUGACAGGACUCACUCUUAAUCUCAAAUGUAAAGACUCCCUCCCUCCCUCGGGGACACCCCUUCAGCCCAUUCUGCCUGAGAGAGGAUUCUUUUCUCACCCAAAUUCUGCCUCCCUCUUAUGACUUCUUCACCCUUCCCACUCUACUGUGUCAGAACAGAGCACCCUCUCCUCAAGAGUUUGAGUCCAGCUCCACAGCUCCCUGAUGCAGCAGGGACCCAUCAAAAGCCAGGAUCCAGAAAAAUUAUUCUGGAUUGCAGUGGUGGUGAUGUGCUCAAAGUAGUGUGAAAUGCUCACCUCCCACAUUCUAGGUCCUAUACUUCUGUUAAUGUGACCGGAGACCCUGUGAGCUUUUUUGUGACUAUUUUUUGCAGACUGUCCUUGAGCCUUUCCUGCAGGCCCAAGCCUGUCUCUUUCCUACCAGCUGCUGCUCAGGCUGAACCCCAUCCUAGUUAUAGGAACCCCAUACCCAGGUAAGAUUACACCUAAGAGUGUAAAUGCUGGGCUCUGAUUCCCUUGGUCCUGCUUAGACCCAGAGGCAAGAGGUUGUACACCAUGAUUCUGGGGGCUCCUGAGUGUGCAUCUGUGGUUGGGGGUAGGCCCAAGUACCCUUAGUCCCCAUUCUUUCAUGUUCUGCCAUCUACUCCUCAAGUGGCUGUCCUGGAGACCCUGAGAACCCAGGGCCCUACAGCACAUGGAGCCAACACUAUGACCUAGCCCCAGGAGGUCUUCCUUGAACCAGCACAUUCUCAGCGCAAAGGACCUGGGAAAGGAGGGUCUUACUCACCAUCUAAUCCAGUGUCAGACACUGUGGUGGGGGCUGUGCAGAGAGACUCUAAGGAACCAGGGUCAGGCCCAGGGUUCCACCCCUGUACCCCAAUAAGACUGUCUGACCCCUCGAUGUGGACGUCUGUCCUUGCUGCUCAGUGCUUAGACCAUCCACCUAGUGGGUGAGGUUCUGACCCCUGCCUUGUGCUAUUUUCAGCUGGAGUGAGAGCAGGAUUUUCCACUCCCAGCCCCUGACUAUUGUCCAUUAGUGACGUGGGGGGACCUGCCUGCUCUCAAAAUAUCUCCUCUUACUCACUGGGCCUCCCUGCUCCCUCCCAACUACCCCACCUCCUUGCCCUGACAUCACUUCCUGGGGCUGUUGACUCUUGAAGGCCACUGUGAAAGGGCAUAGUCACCUGAUGGGGACCCUGGGGAUUAUCCAGCCCAGCAGUAGACUUGAGAGGGGUGGGGCCUGGCCCAAGGUCACUCAGCCGGUCAGCAUGGAGCUGGAUGUGUGCCAGCAGCUCAGGCUGUUGCUGCUGCUCUGCUCCCUUUAGUUCAGGUCCAUGCCUUAGUGGGAUUCCUGUCAUCACCUGCUGCCCUAGCACCUUCCCCUCCCCCCACCACAUGGAGCUGGUGGGUGGAGCUGUGGCACUGAAGCUCUGAGGCCUGGGUCAUAGAAGAGAAGGGGAGCAGUGGGCAGGGAGGUAAAGGUCCGCUGUCCUCCCUGCAGAGGCUAGUCUCGGUGAGCUUGGUGCAUCUAGGACAGGGGCCCUGGCAUGUGAGGGAUCUCUGCCCCAGGCGGGGGUUGGGCAGGUAUCCCAGGGCUCAAGAGGGAGGUCAGGCCCCCAGAGCUACCCCUCUGUCACCACCCUGUCACAGCAGACUUGAGCUCUUCUGUUCCGAGUCGAGCUCAUGAGGAAGGAUACUCCUGUAUUAACUCAACGUCCCAGGCACCUCUCAUCGCUCUAAUUUAUUCUUCCCCAUGACUGUGUGAAAUAGACAUUAUCAUCCCCAUUUAGCAGAGGAGGAGACAGGCCAUGAGAUGUGAGGACUUGCUCCAGGUUAUACAGGCAGCCAGGGAUGAGUCAGGGUGGAAUCCAGGUCCAUCGGAUAGAUUAGUUCCCUUUCCGGCAUCCCAGGCUGCUUGCAGUCCCUGCUGGGCAGGAGGGUGUGUAAUCAGCCCUCCCUGGGAUUCGAGCUGGAAGGGGCAUUGUAGUGGGGGUGGGGAGCCUUUACCACUGCUGCCCCAGUGGGGUCUCUACGUCUUGCAGCUGUGGCGCCUCCAGCAAGUUACUGAAUCUUGCCGGGGCUCCGUUUUCUCAUUUCUGAAAGGACAUACUCCCUCCCACACUGGGCAUUGGAUCGAUAACGCAUGAAACACUUCGAACAGUCCCAGGCACUGGGUAAGCAUUUCCAUGGCUGGCACAGUGCCAAGGUGAGGCCAGGCAAAGCGGCUGGACCCUGCCCUCGUGGAGUUGACAUAACAGUGUAGAACCAUGCUAGGAUGCAUUAUUGGAGGAGAGGAAUGUCCAGCCAGUGAGCCACAGUGGGCCUCCCGUGACCAGCGCUUCCCAGGAUGGAGCAGCAGGAAAGCAGGUCUACCCUGGGGUAAGGUGUGGGAACUCCCUCUGUCCUGCUUGGCACUAGGUGGCCCUCAGGUCCAUGGGCCUGCGUGUGUGUGUAGAACCUUGUUGCCAGGCUGUGAGAGGGCAGCAUGCGGAGGCAAGAGGGGGAGGAGGAGGGAGGGCGUUGAUAACCAAAUUCUGGAGCCAGCCCCUGUGGUUCAGAGUGCUCCCACUCGCCAUGGCAACAGGCUUAGCCAUUUCUCCCUAAGUGAUGGUUGCCAUUAUGGGGUGCUGUUACAACUACUUCGUUCAACCAAGACCCUGGAGACCCAGACCAGCUGGGAGCUGGGCCAGAGCAAGCAACAGAUGGGCAACUCUGCUGUGUGGCUGGAGGCUAGCUGCCUGCCCUCUCUGGGCCAUCCGGAGAUUGGAUCCCUUGCCUCCCAAGUCCCAGUUCUCCUGCCUCAGGGCAUCAGCCACCUUGCUCUUCAGCAAAGGCACAACUAACAGUUGCUCCCCCAGGCAUUCUCCCAACCCCCUGGGCUCUCAGUUCUGAGGGCUAGAGUUGGCAGCAAUUCUCCCCUGGCAUCAAGUGACAGGAAAAGCGACUCCAUGGGCACUCCAUGGGAACUUGGAGCAGAGCUGGUCCACUGUUUAAUGGCCCUGCCCCUUGCAGAUGGAGGGUGAGAGAAGUGUUUGCCUUGCCAAGUGGUAUGUGCAAGUGGGUGGGGGGAGAUGAACUCCAGAAGCCAGCCUCUCCUCCUCUCCCCUGUGCACCAGAUGUCUUGGGGAAUCCCUUCUCCUCUCUGGGCCUCAGUUUCCCCAUCUGCCAUGCAGCUUGGCUCUGCCCAGCUGCUCUUCCUCCAGUACAGGCUUCCUGAGCUUACCUCCAUCUUGGCUCCUGUUCAGCCAGGUGUCCAGUCUCAGCCCUGUCCCAGCAGGAACAAUGGAUGGGGCUGGGCCAGUCAGUCAUGGCCCCAGACUCAGUCCCCAAGGGCUUACCCUGGACUAUUUUCAGCUGUUGGAGAUGGAGUCAGAAAAGGGUUUUCCAUUCCCAGCACAAUGGCUGCCCUGGACCAUUGUCCAGCAGUGACCAGGAGAUCUGCCUGCCCAAAAAUAUCUUCCCUGCCCCUACUCCCUGGGUGUCCCCACCUCGACAUGGCUUCCCUGUUAGCUCCCAAAGGCUGUUGUGAAGCAGCACAUGAGUCCCCUGAAAGGCAGGACUGGUUGGAAUCAGUUUUCCCUCCUGGCAGGGACCCCAGGGAUGGUUUGGCUGCUUAGAGGGACAAGAGGCCCAGAGAGAGCUGUGCCUUGCCUAAGGUCACACAGCAGUCAGCGUGGAGACUAGAUGCUGCCCUCAUCAGCACCAGGCUGUGCCUUCUGAGAGCUCACCUUGGAGGAGCACAGGUGGGCUUGCUGGAAAGAGGCCUGGGGGAGGUGGGUGGAAGGGGAUGUGUCUUGGGAACCUGGAGCACCUGAUUCAAUCCUCUUUUUACCAAAUGUGGCUUUAGCUUGCACUGAAUCCGGGCUUACCAAGUUGUGGCUCUGGGGAAAGGAGGAGUUGGGGCAAGGCAGGAGGAGUAAUGCUCUGUCCCAGCUUGGCUAUCACCAGCUCUGUGAGCACAAAUUCGAUUUCUUUGUCUGCAAAAUGGAACUGUUAAUACUUCUUUUUCCAGUUUGCUGAACAGUGAGAAUGCAGGCAGGCACAAACACAGCUCUUUUAUUUUCCUAUCAGUCCUGCCUACCCAAUGUCUAAUUUCCCUUUCCCAUCCAUAAACUGUUUAUAUGGUAAACUCCAAAUAGUUGAGUCACUUGUAACAAAGUUCACUCCAGCUGAAGGUUCCAAUCCCUACUUAAUUUAAUGCCCACCCCUCCUCUUCCCCAAUGCCUCCUCACCCCUCCUUUGGGUCCCUCUCUCCUCUGGGUAUUGGGCAAGAUGGGGAAGAGGAAGGGGACCAGUGUGUCUUCCCCAGGACAGCCACAGCCCUUUCUUGCUGUCCUUGCUUCUCUGGCUAUGACCACAUGUCCAUCAGUGCCUCUCUGUGUGGAGCCCUCCAAAAGCCAGCCCACACCUUUGUAAAGAAUCUCUUCGUUGACCCAGUCUGAGUGUGCCCCAUCUUCCUUGCUGAGACCCUUGGCUCCUAUGCCCCAGUCUCCUGAGUGACUUUUCUAGAGCUCCCCUCACCUGGCUUGGUUGACAGCUCACAACAGCAGGGAUGUUUUCAAGGUCACUGAGCCCAGUGCUCAGCCUGUGGAAUCAGCAUGGAGGGUGGUAGAGAGCUGAGGUAAUAAACUCAGAGAAAGUGUCUGA